CAGCUGACGGAUGUGUCUCCUCUCCUGCAGAGACUGGAGCACGGGGCUCUGAUCGACAGACUGUGAGGGUCCCCCUCACCCCUGGACUGGCAGUGUGGGGUACCAGGGGCUGCCCCUCAACCCAGCCCCGACAGUGUGGGGUACCAGUAGCUCACCCCUCUCCCCCCAGUCCCAUCAGUGUGGGGUGCCAUGUGAGUGGGGCUCUGUCCACCGUGUCCACCGUGUCCACCAUGUCCACCAUGUCCACUGUGUCCACCGUGUCCACUGUGUCCACCAUGUCCACCGUGCCCACCGUGCCCGAGCCCUGCAGCCACGUGCUGGCCGAGCUGGACAGCCUGGACCCGCUGCUGUCCGCCCUGCGCCUGGACUCCAGCAGGCUGAAGUGCACCAGCCUGGCGGCGUCCCGCAGGUGGCUGGCGCUGGGCACCUCGGCCGGCGCGCUGCACCUCCUCCAGCGAGAGGGCUGGAAGCAGAGGCUCAUCCUCACGCACAAGGUGAGUUUUGCUGACAACGGAGCAGGUCUGAAUUGUCCAGCUGCUGGACAUCUGUACUGGAGCCCAGCAGCUGGUAAGACCAGGAGUGGAUCAGAUGUAGAAGUGCGUCGUGGUGGACUCGUGCACCUGGACUCACGCUGGGAUGUUCCCUCUUCCAGGGAAAAGUUCUGGCGGAUCGGGAACAAGGAGCGGGAUGGGGAGUACGGGGCCUGCUUCUUCCCGCAGACCCGGAGCUUGGGGGGCACGUCGCCCCUGAUCUGCUGCGCUCGGCCGGGGUCCCGCGUCUGGGAGGCCAGCUUCAGCGGGGAGGUGCUGAGCACCCACCAGUUCAAACAGCUGCUGGCCUGCGCCCCCCUGCCCCUGGUCACUCACCGGUGUGAGCCCCAGUACAGCCCCGCCCCCCGAUCGCCGCAGUCCAUCGCCUUCCCACGCCUCCUCUUCCUCAGUGACCAGUAUCUCCUGACCUGGACGGACUCGGCCAUCUACAUCUUCGUGCCCCAGAGCGCCCAGGUGCUGCUGUGGACCGAGGUCAAAGAUCUGGCGGACGUGGCCGUGGUGCGGAGCGAGCUCUUCUGUCUCCACGGCGACGGGCGGCUGUCCCACCUCUCCUUCCUGCCCGUGGAGCGCUGCGUGGAGAGGCUCCUUCGCCGGGAGUCCUGGGUGCUGGCGGCCACGGUCUGCUGCCUCUUCCAGCACUCCAUCGCCCCCUGCAGGGCCCGGAAAGCCCUUCCCAUGGAGAGGCUGGAGCACCUGAAGGCCCAGCUGGACGGCUCCGCCCACCGCCACCUGAUUGGCCAGCUGGAGGAGGUGAUGUCGACGCUGGAGCCCGUCGACUCCGCCUCCAGCAGCAGAAGGAGCAGCAUCUCCUCCCAUGAGAGCUUCAACGUGCUGGACUGCGGAAUCUACCGGGUCAUCAGCCGGAAGGGCAGCCAGUCAGACGAGGACACCAGCUCCCUGGUCAGCCAGUCCCUGUCGGAGGAGGAGCGGCUGAGAGAGCUUAGCUCCGCCCAGGAGGAGGAGCCGAUAGAGCAGGAGCCCCAGCCCAGCGACGGCGCCGAGACCGACCGAGCCGAGCCCGCCCUGCAGUUCCUCCCCCUCUCAUUCCGCCCCAAACCCCCCCGCGCCACGCUGCAGGCCGUCAGAGACAGCGUGUCGAGCUUCGUGAAGAAGACCACGGAGAAGAUCAACACCCUCCAGAUGAACUCCGACCUCUGGCCCCGGCCCGACCCGCCCGGGGCGGAGGUGGCCGAGGAGCCGGACCCGCAGGCGGAGGAGCCCGCGGACGGCCGCCGGACCGGGCCGGAGCUGGAGCUGCAGGAGCUGAGGGAGGCGACGGAGCGCGCAGUGCCCGGCCCGGCCCGGCCUGGCCCCUGGGAGGGGGAGCGGGUGUUGACGCGGGGCCCGUGUCUUUCGGUUCGCGCAGAGCUGACCCGGUCCAGUCCCGUGGUCCGGUUCCUGGAGAAGGGGGACUUGCUGAAGUCGCUGCGUCACCUGCGGGAGCUGCAGCCCUGGUCCGGCCCCCUGCUGCUCGCUCACCUGCACAGGCUGUACGAGAGACACGGAGAGCUGGCCGUCCGGUCCUUCGGCCAGUUCUAUCCCACAAUCCUGCCCGCGGACGUCCUGGCCAUGUCCCAGAGGAGCCACUUCCUGGCGUACCUGGACAAUCUCGUCCAGUCGCAGCCCGAGGAGCGGAGACCCUGCUUCCUGGCCUCCCUGCUGCAGCCCGAGGCCCUGCGACAGGACUGGCUGGAGCUGGCGCUGUCCCAUGAUGCCCCUCAGAGGGCCGACACACUGACUCCUGACGGACGCCCCAGGUGGCGCUCUCACCUGUUCAGGUGGGGUUACAGUCGUCUCAUUUCCCUCUUUAUUGGGCUCCCAGCUGACCUGGCUUCCAAGCAGCAGAUGGCAGAGACCUGUAGGUCCCACGGGUUCUGGCUGGGCUACCUGUCCCUGUGCAGCGAGCUGGACCGGAGAGCAGAGGCCUUCUCCACCAUCGCCUGGCUGGACGACAUGAGCCUACUGGAGGGUCCCAGGGGUGUUGUGCCCGAGUCUGUGGACGAGUGGAAGCUCCUCCUCCAGCUCUCUCAGCGCCAUGGCGACCAGCCGGCCGCCGGCCCCGCCCCCGGCAACGGCGUGGCCAACGGCUCUGCGGACAGGGCGGGCCGGGUCAGCCCGGAGAAUGUGACGCUGCGGUUGGCCUGCGUGGUGGGACCCGACCGGGCCCUGUCGGUGCUGGAGGAGUGCGGGGCGAGGGUGGAGCCGGGUCCUCGCUCCGGCCUGGUCUGCGAGCUGCUGAGGGUGGCCGAGAGACGGCAGAGGGCUCUCAUCCAGGCCAUGCUGGAGAGGUGCGACCGCUUCCUGUGGUCCCAGCAGGCCUAGCUCUGCGGCCUGGGGCAGCGUGGGCACUCUCGCGCUGGCAGCAGCGGAGCCUGGCUGAAGCCCUCUCUCGCCAGGGCCCAGCGGGCACAGAUCCCACACCAGUCAGAGCACGAGCACGGCUGGCGCUCUUAAACCCCCGGUCACGAUGUGUGGAAAAACCGGCAGGAAUUUCCAGGCUGAGAGGUUGAGAUUUAGUGGAGUGAAACCACGUGAUAGUCGUUUGAACAAAGUAGUUUUCCUUCCUCCAUUGCUCCCAGAAUGACUGAGCUGCCUCAGAGGUGACUUGGCCUCCAUGCACAGCGAUAAGCAGCCUCUAACCUAGUUCUGUUCACGCAGAAGCACCUGAGAGCACAGUCGGUGCACAGGAGCAAGAUCGUGAUUUUUGGUAGUGGGAUUCACUGGAAGCAGGCAGGCCCAGUUCUGUUCCGCUCUCUGGUUCUGUGCACUCACAGCCCGGCGAGCCUGAGUGUUCAGUCCGUCUGGGUGUUUCAGGUGCUUCUGUUGAAGGGGCAGUGGCUGCAGAAAAGAGAAAAGCUUUGGGGCGAGGCGUUCAGCACUGGAAGCUGGUGCAGCGCAGCCAGCACGGGUGUGAUCUGGCCCACUUCCUCACCGGGCCGGAACCACGUGGCUGUCAGCUUGGUGCCCAGGACUUUGAACGAUCCCGGGUGGUCUAAUUGUCUCUCUGCCCGCAACGACUUACUAUUAGGAGUUAGGCUUAUUUUCAUUUAUAGCAGAUGAACAAAUUAAUGUUGUUAUAUAAGCAAAUAUAUGCAGAUGAUUUUUUUAAAGUAUGGAAUGCUGCAAUAACUAUAUGUAAUUUUUUAACUGCCAUUAGUACCGCAGGACCAGAUUGACCACUGGAGUAUUAAUUAUUGUUAAGUAUUAAUUAGGAGGAGCUCUGUUCGUUCUGCUGAGAAAUUCCAGAAAGGCGUUAGAGAGCAAAGCCCUCACUCUGAGCAGGUGCUGGAGCUGUCGUCCGGCCUUGCGAAUGACAAUCUCCGACCGACCAGGAUCGGUGAGGACCGCAGGCAGCAAAACCGCGCAAAACCUCCUCCGGCCAGGCCAGACAGCUCGUCCCUCUUCAUCAGACCACAGGCGGCACUGCCCUUGGAGGAGGGAUCUGCUGGGAGGGCUUGAUCGAAGCCCUCCUCCCGUUUGUCUCCCACAACCUGCUGGCGGCAGCUGGAUGGAAUCCGAUCCCGAUUUCCCUACAGCUCCCGGCAGGGCCAGGUGUCCCUCGGGACAGAUCCCCGGAGGCCUGCGGUGACCGUCCCGCGCGUGUCCUGUGUCCCUGUUUUGAGUCCGCUGUUAAUAAAUCAACACUGUGAAGCGAGCGCUGCCUGGUUUUCCUUCGCCGUCUUGUUUCGGAGAGCAGGGAGCCGGGGCGCUCCGCGCGCUUGGAGAGGAGCUCCCUGUGGGUCUUCCUCCCUCUCUCCCUGCCCCCUCCUGCGCUUUCCUUUCCCCUCCUGCCCUCCAGCCUGGGCCCUAGUGGCUGGAUAAAAAUUCAUUGUGUGUGAGCUGUAUGUAAAACCCCUUAAUAAUAAUAAAAUAAUAAUAAUAACUCCU